GUGGGAUGCUGGAUGGGGCGGCCCCAGGAGCGCUUCCGCGAAGGAUCCCAGAUCUCCCUGGCCGAGGGCGUUUCUCUGUUUCCACCUGCGCCACGAUAUGGCACAGCCCCUUCCGACUGGGCCUCAAAAGUUGCGCCAUGGUGUGACGUGGCCGGUGCCAAAACCGAAGGAGCCAGCUGCGGCGUGCAACGAUAG